AAUACGUCCGAUGCCUGGCUCUCCUCCCAGCGGCGGAGCUGGUGAACUUGUUGGAGUUCAGAUUUUCGUUGGCGCAGAUAAACCUCGAGGGCGGACCGUUCUUUUUUGCCGAUGCUAAAAGACUUCCGGAUGACCGGAGCUUUUUCGCUGGCAGAGAUCUGUUGCUCGGGAACACGCUUCACGAGGCAGACCGCGUGAUGGCACUUGGCAUAGAGUUGGAGAACCUGACGGACAGUGGGGUGGACGACAUCAUCAAGUUCCUGGCACGCCAGAACGGCUUUUCGGAAGAAAAAGUCCUGAAAUACUUGGGCGUCUAUUUGGGCCUCGACGAUGACAGCACAUCCCGGUCCGAGAAAUUGGAGAAGCUGAACGAUCUGUUCACGAGGGCGGUGUUCCAGUGCCCCAUGCUGCUGUACGCGACAGAAGCGGCGAAGGGCGGUGCGAACGUCCGCUUCAUGGUUUUGGCAGAGGAGAAGAUGACGGCUAUUGAUCACGCCACAAACGACGGGACCUCCAGCGCCCACGGGAUCGACACCGGCGACGGUAUCGCCACGUACGGGGACGACCUGCGGUUGCUGUCGGGUGACCCUGCAGACCAGACUUUAACGACCGCCCAGAUCAGGCUAUCCCACACCAUGAUGGGUUACGUGGCGGCGUUCGCGAGCUCAGGGAAUCCGGGACAUAUUUCGGCAAGAGAAGAGUGGCCUCUAUACAUGGAAGCCGACAAGAAAGUUGUUCUGCUGAACAGCUCAAUGACGUGGGCUGAGGCCAAGUGGCGCGAAGAACCCUGCGGCCAGCUGAUGAACGUGUUAUCCAAGGUUUUCCAGGACGACGGCGAUCCUGAAGCGAUGCAGACUUCACCUGGUCAUGAGCACGCUGGCUCAGGGGUCAACUCGGGAGAAAUAGCCCGCACCGCCUCUCCGCCGGAUCCCAAUGCUGCACUUGCCGCCGCACCAACGGCUCCUUCCCUCGCUAAAUCUGGAACCACCGAUGGCUCUGGCCCGGCCUCCCAAACAGACAAGAGGUCAAAGUUUGGGACUAAACAUAUUUUGAUACUCUGCCUCGCCACUGCAGUCUUCUUCUCCGUGCUUAUCGUCCUCAUGCUUCCGCGCGGUCAAGAGGCGAGCCAGCCAAGAGGUACCUGCUCUGACACCGAGGAGCAGCUGUUCGUGAAAACUUCGCUGGGCGAAAUCAAGGGAGCCGCUGUUGAGACCAGGAGUGGCCUGCGCGCACGCGUCUUCCUCGGCAUUCCCUUCGGCGAAGGCACGACAGGAGCCCGGCGCUUCGACCUCGCCAGUAAGGUCACCAAGCUGCGCUCUCCCUUCGCGGCGGUGAAGCAAGGUCCCGCAUGCUUGCAGCCGUCAAUACACGUCCCGGUACUGCGGCCGGUCACGGUCAUGUCGGACAAUUGCCUCACCCUGGACGUCUGGGCUCCCAGCCGCUGCUCGAUGGAGCAAGAGGAGUCACUGCCGGUACUGUUUUUCCUGGGUGGCUGGAUGUUCCACAUCGUCAGCUGGAACGGCCUCUUCGACUGGAGCAGCAUGGCGAGCCAUGGCCGCGUGAUCGUGGUGUCCCCUAACUUCCGGAUCGGCGCUCCCGGCUUCCUGCACCGCAACGGAACCGGCCCGGAGAACGUGGGCGUAGAGGACAUCCUGCUCGCCUGGCGUUGGACCAAGGAGCACAUCGCGUCGUUCGGUGGCAACGCCAGCAACGUGGUGCCGUUGGGUCACUCGAGUGGCGGCUUUGUAGUCUCCGCCUUGCUUGCUAGACCUGAACUGCUCGAUGUGAACCGGUCGGUGAUUCUGGCACAGAGCAUGCUCACUGUAUCUCCGGAUAACAGUGGAGUGAAAGGAGUGCGCAAAACCGAGUACCUCGGUGAACUUUGCUGCGAGAAGUCGUCCUGCGCCGCAGAGCGGUCAAUUCCAGUAUACGUCCGAUGCCUGGCUCUCCUUCCAGCGGCGGACUUGGUGACCUUGUUAGAGUUAAGAUUUUCGUUGGCGCAGAUAAACCUCGAGGGCAAACCUUUCCUUUUCGCCCAUUCCAGUGCACUUCCUGAUGACCGGAGCUUUUUCGCCGGCAGAGAACUGUUGCUCGGGAACACGCUUCACGAGGCCGACCGCGUGUUGGCACUGGGCAUAGAGUUGCAGAACCUGUCAGACAGUGGGGUGAACGACAUCAUCAAGUUCUUGGCGCGCCAGAACGGCUUUCCGGAAGAUACAGUGCUGAAAUACUUAAGUGCGUAUUUGGGCCUCGACGACGAGAGCACAUCCCGGUCCGAGAAAUUGGAGAAGCUGAACGAUCUGUUCACGAAGGGGGCGUUCCAGUGCCCCAUGCUGCAGUAUGCGACAGAAGCGGCGAAGGGCGGUGCGAACGUCCACUUCAUGGUUUUGGCAGAAGAGAAGAUGGCCGCUAUUGAUCGAUCCAUCGGCCACGGGGUCACCAUCGGCCACGGGGUCGCCACCGGCGAUGGGAUCGCCACGUACGGGGAUGACCUGCGCUUGCUGUCGGGUGACCAGACUGACCAGAGUUUAACGACUGCCCAGACCAGGCUGUCCCACACCAUGAUAGGUUACGUGGCGGCGUUCGCGAGAUCAGGGAAUCCGGGGCAUAUUUCCGCUACAGAAGAAUGGCCUCUAUACACGGAAGCAGAAAAGAAAGUUGUUCUGCUGAACAGCUCAAUGACGUGGGUUCAGCCCAAGUGGCGCGCGGAACCCUGCAGCCAGCUGAUGUACUUGUUGUCCAUGGUUUUCCAGGACCACGGCCGUGUGUAAUGACGCCGUUAU